CAGGCUCGAGAAAAGUCAAUGUUCUUCCCUCCUUAUCCUGCUCCCACCACCAUAGCAUCACGCAGUUUGUUGAAUUCCGGUGGAGAAAAGCGCUAGAUCAAUGGCUUCUUUCAGAGGUAUGUUUGAUUAUGUAACACUGAUCACACUCGCCAUCUUUUUCUGUACUCAGUCGUUGUCGGUCGUCGCCGAGGACGAUGUCAAGUGUUUGCAAGGCGUUCAGAACUCUCUUCGUGAUCCACGAUCAGAGCUCUCCUGGAACUUCAAUAACAACACCGCAGGAUUCAUCUGCAAGUUCACCGGAGUCAGCUGUUGGAAUGAACAGGAAAAUCGUUUAAUUUCGCUCACGCUUCGUGAACUAGGACUUGCGGGAUCAAUUCCUCCCGACUUACGGUUUUGUCGGAGCUUACAGAACCUAGAUCUCUCCGGUAACAAUCUCACUGGUUCUAUACCUACCGAACUUUGUACCUGGUUGCCUUAUUUAGUCAAUUUAGAUCUGUCAGACAACCAAUUGACCGGAGAAAUUCCGGCAGAUCUCGGUAAUUGCUUGUUUUUGAAUAGUAUUGUGCUGUCGGACAAUCGAUUGUCUGGUAGUAUAUCACCGCAGUUAUCUAAUUUGGUUAGGCUAAAUAGGUUUUCGGUUGCAAAUAAUGCUCUAUCUGGUCCGAUUCCCUCAAGGUUGUCGGAUUUUGAUUCGUCCAAUUUUGAUGGGAACAGGGGACUUUGUGGUAAGCCUCUUGACAAGUGUGGUGGAUUGAGUAAGAAGAAUUUGGCCAUAAUUGUUGCCGCCGGUGUGUUUGGGGCAGCCGCGUCGUUGUUAAUAGGGUUUGGGUUGUGGUGGUGGUGCUUGGCGACAUCAAAGAGUAAGGGACGCGAUGGGAUUGGGGGAGAGGAUGAUAGCAGUAGCUGGGCUGAUAGGUUGAGAAAUCACAAGCUUAUCCACGUUUCUUUGUUUCAGAAACCACUUGUGAAGGUUAGGCUGGUGGAUUUGAUGGUUGCAACAAACAAUUUCAGUAAAGAGAAUGCCAUAAUUUCAACAAGAACUGGGACAACUUACAAAGCCAUUCUUUCGGAUGGUUCUGCUCUUGCAAUUAAGAGGCUUAGCGCAUGUAAGCUUCACGAAAGGCAAUUUCGGGCAGAGAUGAAUGCUUUGGGUGAACUUAGACAUCCUAAUCUGACUCCUUUGUUGGGGUACUGCUUAGUGGAAGAAGAGAAGCUCUUGGUUUACAAGUACAUGUCCAACGGAACUCUCUCUUCUUCGUUGACCAAACAGUUGAGCUUGUUAGAUUGGCCCACUAGGUUUAGGAUCGGUUUGGGUGCAGCAAGAGGGUUAGCUUGGCUUCACCAUGGCUGCCGGCCUCCAAUCUUGCAUCAAAAUGUUAGCUCUAAUGCCAUUUUUCUUGAUGAGGAUUAUGAUGCUCGAAUAGUGGAUUUUGGAUUGGCUAAGCUCAUGAAUACUUCCUCUAACCACCCAGGCGAUAGUAGCUAUGUUAAUGGUGAUCUGGGUGAGUUUGGUUAUGUGGCCCCAGAGUAUUCGACCACCAUGGUUGCUUCUCUGAAAGGUGAUACUUAUGGUUUUGGGGUAGUGCUUCUGGAACUGGCAACCGGCCAGAAACCUGCAGAUGUAACAGGUGCCGAAGAAGGGUUUAAAGGUAAUUUAGUCGAUUGGGUAAAUCAGCUAUCAGGCUCAGGUCAAAUCAAGAAUGCCAUAGAUAAGAAUCUUCGUGGCAGAGGUCAUGAUGCGGAUAUUGUUCAAUUUCUGAGAAUUGCAGGUAAUUGCAUUACUUCUAAUCCCAGAUCAAGAUGGUCUAUGUUUCAGGUUUAUGAAGCAUUGAAUACAAUGGCACAAGAACUAGGUUUAUCUGAACAUCAUGAUGAGUUCCCACUUCUUUAUGGCAUACAUAAUGAUGCUAUUUAAGCUAUAAUGCCGAAAGCUAAUAACUAUUUCUGCAAAUUGUUUACUGAAGCCUGCUUGAUGUAGAUCCUGUGCUCUCUAGUUUAUCUGGCUGUUCCAAUUCAUUCUAUGCUUGUCAAAUAUAUAGAUGUACAAUAUUAUACAAGCUUCUGAAGCUAUUACUUUCGGCAUAUCUUCAAAAAUGCUCUUUGGGUAUCAUUUCAAGACGGACUUCCAAGUAUUUAUGAUUUGUAGUGUAUAAUAAUUCACUGGUCUGAUGAUAUUUGAUCAUUUAUAUGAUAUCUAAUAGUUGCCUAUUUGCCAUCA